UAUAGCUUUUGAUAGAAAAAUAAUUGUUAUGGUAUAUUAAAAUGAACUUAUAAUUGUAAAAAUAAUAAGCAACUUUUCAGAAUGGACUUAUCGGAGAACCAAGGAAGCGGUGAAGGCGAACCAGCGAAUCGAUCAACAAAGAAAGUUCGAAUGCGGGAUAUCGAUGAAAAUUGGGAAGUCGAUAUGGAAGCAACAAUAGAAAAUGGGAAAACUCUUUCAUGGAAAGAUCGAUUGAUGGGCUAAGGGCUCCAUCCGAUUGGGGACCCAUCGAACGCGGAAGGACCAGAAUAGGAGGAUGACUUAAAGCUAUCAAAGGACGAUGUGGAGCGAUCGACAAUCAAUGGCAUUCCCUCAAUAAAAUUUUCUGAUCGAAUCAAUCAAAUCCUCAUUAAGCACAUGGAACUUACAGUUGUAAUCAAAUUGUUGGGGAGGAAUAUAGGAUAUACUGCUUUGCAGAAUAAGGUCUAUUCACUUUGCCAGAAAACAACCGUGGACUAUGGAAUUUAAUCCUGCUCAACCGUACCCUAAUAUAGUUAUGGCCUGGAUUCGUCUUCCUGGGUUACCUGGGCACAUGUACAAGCGAAAAAUCUUGCGGGAAAUCGGAGAAACAAUAGGAAAAGUAGAAAAAAUUAGAUUUUAACACCGAUAAUGGAGUAAGAGGGAGAUUUGCGAGAAUGGCAGUAUUUGUUAACCUAGGAAAGGCCUUGAUUUCACAGGCACUUAUUAAUGGAGUUACACAACGAUUAGAAUACGAGCACCUUCCGAUGGUUUGCUUCCAGUGUGGGCACUAUGGUUACACAAAAGAAAUUUGCCCUAAAGAAGAGAUGGGAUUGGAAGGAAUAGGUGAGGAUAUCCCAGAAGAUCAGACGAGACAAAGAUAUCCAUUGGAGGAAAACAAAGCAGAAAACUCAAAUAGAGAAUUAUAUGGUCCAUGGAUGCUUGUUGAAAGGAAGGCAAAGAAAACUAGAAGAACAGGAUGGAAACAUGAGGGCGACGGCGCAACCAAAACAGCAAGAAACUCUAGAUUCCAGGUUCUGGAAAAUAUAGAUGAUAGUGGGCUCCCUAAAGCUCGCGGCGAGGAAACCAGAAUGGACUAUGAACAAGGUAAUACUGACCCUCUAAAGCCGGGCUCAGAAAAAGAUGUUGGCUCAUUUCAAUCUGACCACUUUACACACCCUAAUGAUGGGCGAAAAUCAGGAAUACAAACUGCAUACCCUUCUUGGCCCAGCAACAAAACAGAAGUGCGAAUAGACAAAACUAUUUUAGCACAAAGGCCUUUGAUUUAUGACAAAGCAGCAAACAUAAGCAGCCCACCACAAAGCCUUGGCCACCACCAAACUUUCAUAAUACUGACAGAGCAUGAUGGGAUUAAAAAAGGCCAAGCCAGCACUGGUAAUAAAUCUACUUGGCACUCCAAAGAAUCUGCUACUGGGUCUCAUGAAAGACAGAUCAAUAAUACCAGACCAGGCCUAAUAGAAGAUGCAACUAGGGCUUUAAACAAGGAGGAAAUAGACCUAACCAGCAAAGAAGUUAAUAGCAAAGAAGUGAAUUUCUUACGUAGGUUAAACUUGCUGGAAAAAUCAAGACAGGAACUACCACCCAACAUUAAUACAUCUUUCAAUCUUGCUUCUACAGACCUCCAAAAUAACUUUAGCAUUUUAACUCCUGAAAAGGAUGUUGGGGGGCUAUCGAAGAAAGCUCUGCCCAGUUAAAUUCGCAAACUUUUCAAGAAAUUAUGAAGCUACCAACAGCAAGUAUUCUAGACGCUGAUAAGCAUUCAAUAGUUCUCUUCCAAGAAAAUAAUCAACCCACAACCAAAGGAAAUACCCAGAAAAUCAAAACCAAAACAGGAGCCAAUUAAGCAGUGGAAUCAACAGUACGCGACAAUGCAAAAACAGGGAAUCCCCACAAAGGAAGAAACCUCAAAGUCAACAAAAAAAAAGGGAUGCAAUUGGGAUGCUAAGAGACAAAAAUGAGCAAAAAAGGACCAAAUUGAAAACACAAUCAAUAAAAAUGAGGCCGAAUAAAAAAUAUGGCGAAAAGUCAAGGACUCAUCAAAAUUUUUGACUUUAUAAAAGCCAAAAAUAUGAAAAAAAAAUAUUAUUUUAUUUUUAUUUUAUGUUAAAUUAGUUAAUGCCAAAAAUAGCAACUCUAUAUACAUAAAUAGGGCCUUAAUGCUCUUUGAAAAUGCAUCCCUUAAUUCUACAUUUGAUUUCAAUUUGAAAUUAAAGAGCCAUUACUCUUUUUCCUUUCAAUUUGGCGUUAACAUUCUGUUGCAUUAUUUCCAAUUCUUAUUUCUUUUUCAAAAUUGGUCCAAUUGUUCUCCAAGUACCUUUCUUUCAUUUCUUCACCAUAAUCAUCAAACCAUCUUUCAAAGUUUACAAAGCAUGAAUAACUCCAUGCUUCACUAAAUUCCAUCUUAGCUUUAGAUCGGUGUUUUUUUCGGUUUGGAAUCAUGAGAUAUGUAUUCGUGCUAAAAAAUCCUUCCAAUCAGUAGUCAUAUUUUUUUCUAAGUAUCAGGAUUGACAACUCAUCCCUUAAAGUUAACUUGAUUCCAGGUCAAAAAGUGCAUAUUGGGUUGGAGUUGUGUUUGCUGACAGUUGGAAAAACAAGUCAGUCGUGCUGUAUUCGGGUCACCGAGAACAAAUCAAGGAAGAAGUAAUUUGGUUUAAAUGACCCACGCGGUUGGGGCCAUUAAUUCGAGUUGGGUUCUUCAGAAUGCAAGGCUGUCGAAAUCUUGAAUCGGGAACACUUGUAUCUCAGUUAAAUAAUCGGUAAAGGCUGCUUUGAAGGUCGUACCGAGACCAGCUAUGAGAGGAAGAAUUGGUGGUUAGGACAUUCUUAAAUGCUAUAACCAGCUUAUCGUUUGGAGGAGAAGAUUAAUUUUCGGGGAUAGAUUCAAAAAUUCAGAAUCCACCGAGUCUAGGGCUAAGGCUUAUUAUCUUUGAUUGUAAAGUCAUCUUUAGAAGCCAUAGUGGAAAGGCUAGCCAAUAGUACUGAGAAAUUUCAACAAAAAGGUGACAUGCAUUUGUAGGAGUUGGAUAAACAAGUGAGCAAGCUCACGCUCACAGUUAGUUGUUUGGAGUCUCAAGGUAAGCUAUCAUCCCAAACUGAGUCAAACCCUCGAUACAAUGCAAGUGCUAUGACAUUGAGGAGUAGAAAAGUUUUAGAGCCCGUACUUGACACGAGUUGCUCCCACGACACUAGUCAAGAUAAGGAGAAACUUGACUUGGAGGCUUCAGUAGAAUUAGCAUACCACCCUCGUUUCCUGGAAGACUUGUCCAAUGCAAAAAAGAGCGAGAAGAGAAGGA